UUCUGUAAUCACAGACGUAUCUCCAAAGUUAAAUUUUUUACCAUACAAAGGACAUCUAAUUCAAUAUAAAAAUAGCGGAUCAUUGAGCUGGAUAACAGGCCUGAUCGACAAUGAUUGCCUGUGGAAUCGCCCAGCUUCCUGUAGUGUUUGCCGUAGUAAUUAUCAUCCUGCCGCCAAAAUAAGCAUGAUUCUGUCAACAUAAGUGGUGAUUAUGUGUAGUCCAGGGGAUGCGCCACUGGAGGGCACUUAUUCCUCGCCUAUGGCUAUUUAAUCAGCAAUUUUGUGGCCGAGAUGAGUUAAUCGGAAAUCCAGUUAUGCUCCAUCAGCCUACUUGAAAGCUGUCGAUCCCCAUCGCCCAGUGUAUCCUUCAAGCUUGUCAAGUUAUCCAGGAAGGAAACUGUCCUUUCGGUCAGAUAGCGAAUCCCUUACUUUAACAAGAUAUCCCGCUCUCUCUUCAUUACAUCCAAUAGAGCUGGUCUUCACUUCCCUUGUCAUAUCACACACUGACAAUCUGCACCAUUGUUGCAAUAAAAACAGCGCAGAGGAAUUCUUCAUCUCGAGGACGGUUUAAUUUUCUUCAGAAUGUUGAUUACGGCGGUGCAGCUGUUUAUGUCGGCGAUUUGGUUUAUACAGCUUGGCGCACGAUCAGCUGUUUCCGCUGACCAUCAAGGCACGCCAUCAUACCGAACACACACGGACAAUAUGGGAUUUCGCAAUGUCUUCAGCUUCAGUGCGAAUAUCGAUGACGCUAAUCUGACGUCCGUGACCAUGAUCCCCACCGCGACGCAGGCGAACGAAUCUACGCACAUCCAGUCGGUCACGGACAUCAUCGAUACUUUAUUAAUGGAUUACGAUAUCAAAGCUCGUCCACCAGGACCGACAACGGAAGUUCUCGUCGACAUCGUUCUGCGGUCUAUGGGAACCGUUAGCGAAAGUCAAUUUGAAUACAGCAUUGACUGCUAUUUCCGGCAGUCUUGGAUUGAUCGCCGAUUAUCGUACGGUCAGUUUUCCAACAUCUCAGCGGCAUUACUUCCGCUGGGCGUAACCGUUCUGCAGAAAAUUUGGAAGCCGGAUACGACCGUUUUUAAUGGAAAGCCCAAUUCUUAUGUACAUGACAUCACUAGUCCCAAUAAAUUUAUUAGAAUCUAUCGUGAUGGGACGCUGAUAUAUUCGCAGAGGUUGACCUUGCGUGCCCGCUGUCCAAUGCAACUGCAGAGAUAUCCGAUGGACACCCAACAUUGUCCGUUGGAUUUGGGAAGCUUUGCUUACACCAAAAAAGAUGUUGUUUACAAGUGGAAGUACGGGAAUGCGAAGGCAGUAGUUUUAGCCGAGGACUUGAAACUAUCUCAGUUUUAUUUGUUAAAUGCCGUUGGAUUCAAUUCUACCAGAAUAACACCUCUAGGUGAAUAUUCUAUGCUUUCAGUGGAAUUUACUCUGCAGCGCCAUUCAGGAUAUUUUUUAAUUCAAAUUUAUGCUCCGUGCAUAUUGACCGUUGUUCUGAGCUGGGUACAGUUCUGGUUAAAUCGAGAAGCGUCGGGGGACAGGAUAACACUGGGAGUUACGUGCGUGUUGACCAUGACCUUUCUCGCAGUUUAUAAAAGCUUGGAAAAAUAUGCAGGAAUUGAUACUCGAAGUGGAGGAGAUUAUCCACGUGUCUCGUAUAUGACAGCUCUGGAUUUAUUUGUAUCCAUGUCCUUUGUAUAUAUUUUUCUGUCCAUCGUCCUGUAUGCUUUCGUGCACAUUAAUACCAAAUACGGCACCGGCGACAGUUACCAUCGCUGGCCGGCGGAAGUGUUAUGCUACGACACCCCAGAGAGACGGACCAAAUUCUAUCAGCGGAAACUAUCACGCGCGCUAAGCCAGACGUAUGGAUCGCGUCGGCGCUAUUCCAUUGCCAACUGUUCUCGUGUGGAUGAACUGCAUUUGCGUGAGGCGGAUUACGCGCGCGAUAUCAAUGGCGGUCCGUUGGGAAAGGAGCUAACCGAGAGUCCAGAGCGGAAAGAUUCGAUAUUUUCUGCUUUUCUAGCCGGAAAUUCCUGUCAGAAAUUCUUACGUCUGUGCUUUGGUAUCCACCCAUACCGAUCGUACUUCGAUAAGGAUACGAAAAAAUUUGUCGAAAACAUGUCACAUGGACGGAUCAAUAGUAUUAGUCAGAUUGAUCGGACAUGUCGGGUGGCGUUUCCAGUAUCUUUUACAAUUUUUAUGUCUUUCUACUUUUGGUACUAUUCUAGCGAGUCAAACGCUAAAUAAUGCACACGGUAGUAUUGCGUUGCCUUUUUGAUUGCGUUAAUCAGAAUACUGACAUGUGAACAUACAUCGUGUACGAAAUAAAAAG